AGUCCCGCCUCCAAACCUGCAGCCAUUGGCUGAAAGUCUUCGUUAGGGGAGUUUUAAUUGGAUGCUGAGCUGACAUUUAAAAUUUCCGGAACUAAACACCGCUGUAAACAACCGAAGUAUGCCCUUGUAGAAACUGUAUUUUUUUAGAGUAAUACAACAUGCCGACCUCCCCCGUGAAGACACGGAUUCCGCUCACAAGUUUUGGUCAUCUUAUCAGCGAAGUGAAGAGACAGCUCUUCGGGAUCGAAGCACCAACCCCAACAGAACUUAUAGGAUGGAGGAAGCAUUUUAACAGCUACACAUUACAAGGACGCAGAAAUUUUGUUCUUGCCACAUAUGGUAUUCUUGCUCUCACAGCUGCUGCCUACAUGCUGAGACGCAGCAGCAGGAAGGAGGAACAUGAAACAGCAUCUGCCUCCUCAUAAUGUACAAAUGGAAAGUUUUGGGGGGUUAAAAAUACAAUAAAUUAUUUACUAUCACUAUAUGCGAGGACUGUGGUUAAUGAAGCUUAUGUUUCUACAUGUUACACAGAUUGUCAUUUAAAAAAAAUAUUAAAUUUGCAAUGUUGUUUGUUGUUUUAGGGGCUGUUGUGGCCUAAUGGUUAGAGAGUCGGACUUGUAACCCAAAGGUUGCGGGUUCGAGUCGCAGUACCUGCAGGAAUUGUCGGUGGGAGGAGUGAAUAUACAGCACUCUCUUCCUCCCUCGAUACCAGGUGUGUGUUCACGGUGUGUGUGUGUGUGUUGUAUGGGAUAAAUGCAGAGCACAAAUUCCGAGUAGAGGACACCAUACUUGGCUACAAGUCACGUCACUCACUUUUGUUACAAAUAAUAUACACUCACUCACUGUAACGCAUUUGUCAUUUGCCAGUAGAGUGCAGUGUAAGCUUUUUGUCAAGUGCAUUUCUUGGAAGCGAUUUGCUUUAUCUGCUCUAAAGGCAAAUUGGGUGGUUAUUUUACAGCUGUUGAUUUUAGGUUAGUGAAACUAGGAGUGCAAAUGGGGACGUUUUCCUGUAAAAUGAAAUGCACAGAAAGUAUUUCCGAAAUAGCUGUGCUGUUGUAAUAUGUUUUUCUGCUUUUUGUUUCAAGAUGUUCAUUUCAGUUAAUUGUGUUUGGGCAUCAUUCUGAAAGUGAAGCUUAAUUUAAUUCCAUUGAUUUCAUCAGUCUGCAAUAUUCCAUUAUUAUGGCAAUCAACACAUGACUGAAAAACUACCCCUUUCCUUUAAAAAUCCAAUUUUCUUUGAUUAAUUUUCUCUUUUUAGACAUGGUAUACUAUAUUAUUUGUAUCCAUACACACACUCUUUUAGAGCAAUCGUCAAAUGUUUACACAUGAAUGUGUCAGAGCCCAGCUAAAGUGAAACUGAAAUAAAAGAGCACCUGAAUACAGGUCUAUGAGGGGGUUGUGGUGAGUUUUUUUUCCCUGUAAAGAUAGGGCAGUAGUGAACAGCCAUAGUAAAUUCUCUGUAGGUGACUGUGCAGGUGCUGUGGUACAUCAGACAGUUGAUGUCACUGGCACAAGAGUUGAUGUUUUUGGAAUUUGGGGCUCAUUUCAAAGGUCAAAUUGCUUCAAGUGAAAAUUCAUCUUUGGAUUCAUCUGCAGUGCAGUGCAAGGCUGCAGAACCAUUCAUCUAUGCUUUGGGACCAUGGAGGAAUGGUAUGAGUGGGCCCCGAUUCAGAAUGGUCCAGCAUAAUGACUCUGACCAUACAGUUGCGCCACAGGGCCCAGCCCCCAAGCCGGCCGAACCCCCUAAACCCUGCUCUGAGCCACCCACACACUUUCACCCCUUUCGGGACCAGCAGGAAUGUGACCUCAUCACCCAGGCUGUGAAUUACUUGAACCACAGUGGAUUUUACUGGGGUCCCAUGGAAGCAGACGAAGCUCAUGCACGACUGGCCGAACUCCCUCUUGGGACGUUCCUGAUCCGGGACAGCAUGCAGGCAAACGUUUUCUUCACUCUCAGCUAUCGGGCUCCCGAGGGCCCGACCAGUGUGCGGGUGCUCCUAAAAGGAGGAGGAUUCAGUUUAGCGGGGAGUAAACAUACUUUCGCUUGCCUUUUCCACCUGAUAGGAUACUAUAUUGCAUCCCCAAAAAAGAGUCUGAGUAUGCCGUAUCGGGGAGAUGCGCCACAGAGCCUACAAGAGCUGGCGAGAAGAGCUGUGAUGCAGAGUUAUGGGAAAGAUAGUAUUCACCAAUUACCUGUGAGCAAAAAACUUAAAGAAUUUCUGUUGUUGUACCCUUUUAGUAUAUGAUUGUGUGUUGUUUAUUUGAAGUUGAAGUUACAGAUGUUGCAGCUUUUUAACAAAGCAUCAUUUAUUUGAUCAUUUCAUAGGAUACUGUAGUCUUCAUUGACCCAACUAGAACAUGUAUUCACUAUUUAUAUGUGUAGUGAUCGUUUGGACUAUUCUCAGAAGAAAAAAAAAGCACUACAAAAUGUUUUAUUUGACAUGCAGCAAGUUCAGCACAACACCACAAUUGGCCUUCGAUUGUUUUAAAGCAAUCACGCUGGUACCGGUCAGUUUGUAUUUGUGUAAAAUGAAUGAUUUGACAACUUAGUUGCUUUUAAAUAGUAUUGUCUGUCUUUAUAUAUGAAUGUAAACCACUGACCACAUGACACUGGUGACGUCAAUAUCAGUAUGAACAUUUAAUUAUUUUACAUAUUGGUACAUAUAUACAAUAUGUAGACUAUAUAACCUAUAGUAUAUAUUGUAUACCAAUGUCAUUCUGCUAUGCAGAAAUAUGCAUUUCACCUAGUGAGAAGUACAGUUGUUUGUUUUGUUUGGGACUGCUUUUUAAUAUUAAUAAAGAUAAAUUAUUUUA